AAUAAUGGUUCGAAUAACAGUGGAAAUGGUUCGCGGGAAGGCAGAACACCAUGAUCGGCUUCUGGCGCCGCUGGAGGAAAUCGCUCUCCACCAGGAGAAUAUAGAGAAGAUAGAGUACAUCCAGGACUGGUGCCCCAAGCUCAAGAUCCUGCUCAUGCAGAACAACCUCAUCGCCAAGAUAGAAAACUUGAACAAACUCAAACACCUCAAUUACCUCAAUUUAGCUCUCAAUAACAUAGAAAUUAUAGAAAAUCUGGAGAGAUGCGAAUCAUUGGAAAAACUUGACUUAACACUUAACUUUAUCGGUGAAAUAGUCAGCGUUGAAAGCCUUACAGGCUUGUAUAAUCUUCAAAACUUAUACCUUACCGGAAACCCCUGCACCGACUAUGAUAACUAUCGGGACUUCGUAAUCGGAACUCUACCCCAGCUGAGCUACCUUGACGGAGUUGAAAUAGAACGGUCAGAUCGCAUUAAAGCCCUGCAAAAUCUACUCGUAAUAAGACAAGACAUAUUGUUUGAACAAAACGAGUACAGACACCGGCGUAGAAAGCAAAAAGCUCGACUAGAACACGAAAUAAAAGACAAAUGGGAAAACGAGUACAAAGAUAUGGAUCCAGAUGAGAGAAAUAAGAAAUUAUACGCAGAAAAAUGUGAGAAUUCCCCUGAGGUCCGCUAUGAGAUGGAGCAUAUGCGGCAACUGAAGCUGAAAAGUUAUGAACCUGAAAAUAAAUCGGAGGAAAAAAGGCAGUACAAAUUCUUCGCUCCCGAUGGAAGGCCAUUCAACAUAAAUCAAGCUAAAAUACCGUUCGUAUUCUCCGAUUCUGACCCCGAAAAUUUUGUUUUAGAUCUAGCUGUGUACAAACACUUAGACACCAGUUUAAUUGAUGUGGAUGUCCAGCCAAAUUAUGUUCGAGCAACGAUUAAAGGAAAGUUAUUUCAGCUCCAUCUACCGGAGGAGGUGAGCACUACUAACUCAACAGCACAACGCUCGCAGAUAACCGGCCACCUCGUCGUGACUAUGCCACGAUUAAAUGUAGACAUAAAAGCACAGAUGGCGCAGAAAAAGGAAGUUACAAAAAAGGCCCAAGUAUACACGGAACAUAACGUAACCGACUGCCGCGAGAGUUCAGGUCAGUCGAAGAGAGAAUUUCUAGAAAUAGGCCCCUCUGAUAAAUUGCUCGAUCUGUCUAAAAUGGCUUUACAAAAGAAAGCGCCAGAUUAUAUCGAUCCGAGACUAAAACGGAAGCUAAAAGAACCUUCACCAGAUUUUAUCGAUAAUCCAGAGGUUCCUGAUCUUAUCUAG